GAAAUAUGACACAACACAUCUGCUUCUCUCAUUUCCACACAUGUACACUUAAAUUCCAGUUUCUAGGUCCACACAGGAGCUAGAACUCACAGAAACGCCUCAGGAUCAACAUCAAGCAUGCCUGCAAACUAUAGUGGAACCUGGGACAUAGUGGACAAUGAAAACAUUGAAGGUUACAUGGUUGCUCUUGGAAUUGAUUUCGCCACCCGAAAGAUAGCGGGGAUGCUAAAGCCACAGAAAAUCUUUGAGCAAGACGGAGACUCUUUCACCAUUAAAACUUUAACCACUUUCCGGAACUACUCCACUUCAUUCAAAAUUGGAGAAGAGUUUGAGGAAAUCACCAAAGGACUGGACAACAGAAAAUGCAAGUCAACAGUCAACUGGGAAAACGACAAACUUGUGUGUGUCCAGAAAGGAGAGAAAAAGAACAGAGGAUGGACACACUGGAUGGAGGGAGACACUCUUUACCUUGAACUUAAAUGUGAAGACCAGAUCUGCAAGCAAACCUACAAAAGAACAGCUUGAACUAUUGUGUUGAACUGAAAUUGUUGUCAUGUUUAUUGAAGAAUUACAUACAAUAACAUAACAAGAAAUGAAAAAAGCAAACAACAGAGAAAACCUACAAGUGCAUUCAAGAAGAUGGAUGGAGGGAGACACUCUUUACCUUGUGUGUCAAAUACAUAGGCCUAAAAAUUCAAGAACAUGUAAUUUUCAGAUAAAAUGAAUAAAAAAUACCAAAUAAAAAUAUACAUAUUGAGUGUCUUCAAA